AUGAUGCUAUAGAAUUUUAAUUUUGAUAAACUAGAAGAUUUUUAGAAUUCUUCUUUUGAAGACAUAACCAAUUUAAAGCUAAAUUUAUGGGGUAAUGACAUAGGAGAUGAAGGCAUAUAAACUAUUGGUUAGUGUUUUGAAAAGUGUUUAAAUCUAUAAAAACUUUCUCUUGAUCUAUCCUCAAAUAAUAUUGGCAUAAAAGGUAUCUAGUGUUUGCAUUUAUAUUUAGCUUCUUGCAAAAAAUUAACUAAUUUAGAACUUUAUUUAAGGUCUAAUAGCAUAGGAGAUCAAGGCAUAGCUUCUCUGAAAAAUUGUUCAAAUUUCAUUUCUCUAACUUUAGAUUUGUCUUGCAAUACUAUUUGUGCAAAUGGUACUCCUAAAAUUAGUUAAUUUUUAUCAGAAUGUGUCAAUCUAUAAUCUUUAGCUUUGUACUUAUCCACAAAUGACAUAGGAGAUUAAGGACUCUCUGAUUUAGUUUCUUCUUUUUCAGAAUGCAAAAGUUUAUAAACCCUAAGCAUGAAUAUUUCAUAUAACUGUGUAGGCGAUCAAGGAAUAUCUGCUUUGGGAUUAUCUCUAUCAAAUUGUUUAAAUCUUUAAAAAUUAGAACUUAAUUUAUAAUCUAAUGAUAUAAGCUUUAAUGGAUUUACUAACUUGUGUAAAGGUUUGCAGAAAAAUCCAAAUCUUUAAUCAAUAACUAUGUUUUUGAGAACGAGCAAUGUCAACAGUGAAUCUAUCUCAUCUAUAGGAUUAGGCUUAUCAAAUUGUUUAAAUAUUUAAUAUAUUGCUCUAUACUUGAGAGGAAAUGAAAUAGGGGAUUAAGGGUUAUAUUCACUGGUCAAUUCAUUAGUAAAUUGUGAAAAUCUUCAAAAUCUUUAGCUCUACUUAAGAGGAAAUUAAAUUAGUUGUGAAGGUGCUUCUAAUGUUGGUUAAUUGCUAUCAAAGAGUAAAAGUAUUAAGUUUUUAACUCUUUAUCUUAGAGAAAAUAGUAUAAAAAGCAAAGGAGCAAUAUAAUUGGUUUCUAAUUUAGAAUCAUGUGUAAACCUUAAAAGUUUGAAUAUCGAUAUUUGGUAUAAUAAAAUUGACAACGAUGUUUUAACUGGUUUGAUUGACUCUUUAAAAAAAUACAAAAAUCUUUAAGUUUUAUUCUUAUUUCUAAAAAGAAAUUCUAUCAACAUCUCUGUUGAUAAUAUAUUAAGUAAAGUAAUUUAAAAGUUAAGAAAGAUGGUUAAAUUUAAAUUAUCUUAUUGA